AGUGGAGGGGAGAUGUUGUGUCCACAAGUUUGCAUAGCGCCCUCUUUGGGUUGACACGGAAAAUGAAGGACGUAAUGUAACAUGGAGGUUGUGACAUGAAUACAUGAGAAGAGUUCUGACUGAGCAGAAGUGCCUUGCGUUCCAUUUCAAACACGGGAGUGUUGAGGAGGUAGUCAUCGAAGAUUGUACUUCCAACAUGUACACGGCUCAGUGGAAGAUGGUGCAGAUUCUCGCUGACCGUUUCUGGAAACUAUGGAGACUCCGCUCCCUCCAGAGUCUUCAGCAGAGGCGUAAAUGGAUCAGCCCGGAAAGGAACAUGGCUGUUGGGGACGUAGUGAUGUUGAGGGAUAAGGACGUCAGUAGGAACCGGUGGCCAUUGGGGACUGUUGACAGUGUUAGUCCUGGAGAUGAGGGGUUGGUUCAAGAGGUGCACAUUCGUUUGUCAUGAACAGGCAAAACUUACUGCAGACCUGUACAUGAGUUAAUUCUGUUAAUUGAAGCAGAUUGAGCAGAUACUUUGGUCUUUGUCAUCAACAAACUGUUUGACGUCUAUAGGACGUCUGGGGGAAUGUGCUGUACCCAAGCUUUAAUUUUGUAUAUUUUUGCACUCCAUAGUUAGGUGAUAUUCCCAGGCGUGCCAUACCUAGGUGGCAGCGCA